UCGCUUGUUUACGAUUCUCUUUGAAACGUCAACGCUUCAAUCAACGCAAUUAAACUAUUAUUUAUUUUAAGGUCUUUUUUGACCAACAAACAUGAGUAAUAUUUACAUUCAAGAGCCGCCGACUUCGGGCAAGAUUCUCUUGAAAACAACAGCCGGUGAUAUCGACAUUGAACUAUGGAGCCGAGAAGCACCAUUGGCGUGCCGGAAUUUCAUCCAAUUGUGUAUGGAGGGAUAUUACAAUGGUACAAUAUUUCAUCGAGUUGUAAAAGGUUUUAUCGCACAAGGCGGUGAUCCACAUGGCGAUGGAACUGGCGGUGAAUCAAUCUAUGGCAAACCAUUUAAAGAUGAAUUUCAUACGCGAUUACGUUUCUGUCGGCGUGGAUUGGUUGCAAUGGCAAACAGUGGCCGUGAUGACAAUGCGUCACAGUUUUUCUUCACAUUGGGCGAAGCACAAGAGCUUCAAAACAAGCAUACAAUUUUUGGUAAAGUUGGCGGCGAUACCAUUUACAAUGUUCUCAAAAUGGAAGACGGCGACAUUGAUGCCAAUGAACGACCAGUUUAUCCAUAUAAAAUCAUUAAAACCGAAAUUCUGCUCAAUCCAUUUGAUGACAUUGUUCCGCGAAAAUCAACGCGAACGGAAAAAGACGGCGAGAAACGAAAAUCGAAAAAAGAAAAGGGUGUAAAAAAUUUUGGACUAUUAUCGUUUGGCGAAGAAGCCGAAGAAGAUGAAACCGAAACCAAUGAUUUUGUACAGAAAAAUGCAGCCAAAUCGAAAUCGGUUCAUGACAUUAUUGAUGAUCCAAAAUUAAGUAAAGAAGCUGUUCAUAUUGAAAAGAAAGGGGACUACAUUGAAGAGCGUCAUGUUCAAUCGGAUGGUGAUGCAAAUGUAGUAGAGAAAACCGAUCGUGUUAGAGAUAAAUUGAAAAAGAGAUUAGACAAAGGUGAAAAGAGGAAAAUUGAACCGGAACCAAAGAAAGAUGAUUCCAAUUCAGACUCGGAUGAGUAUACCAAUGAACUGGAGAGGGCAAGAAAACUAAAACGACAAAAGAAAGCCGAUGAAAUCCGAAAUGAAAUCAAAGCUUUGAAAAAGGAAUAUAAAACAGAGAAAAUGUCCAGAGAAGUUAAGGAAGAAAAAACUGAAACUAAGGAAAAGGAGCAUGAUAAUGAAAUGGUUGAGGAAUAUUUGUCCGAGCAACGUAAAUAUGGCAAUUUGAAGAAGGAAGUUCCAAAAAAGGGUGCUGAACGCGAGGCAUACACACUUAAGCUGUUGAGCAAAUUCAAAACAAAAUUAAACAGUAUAAAAUCAGCGAAAGACGAUGAUGAAGAGGAUACUUCCAAAAAUGAUGUUGACGAUGAAGAAUUAAAUACGGACAAAUGGAUGUCGCACACUCUAAAAUUCGAUGAAAUGGGAUCAAUACUGGCGAAAGAUGCUGCAACAAAAAAAGAUGAUUGGUAUGCAGAUGACAUAGCCAAUCCACAAAAUCCGAUCAACAAAAGAAAACGGGGUGAAGAUGGACGACGCGACAAAGAUCGACACCGUCAUAGACGUUAGAGCAACACAAACUUUUUUUCAGAUUUCAUAAUAGAUUGAUUUUUCGCUUGUGUUUUCAUAUUAAUGCUUGAGAUCUACUAGGGGUUAGAUACAGACUAGAAAUUCUGAUAAUGAAAGGGUUUUACUUAAACUAAAAAUACUUGGAACAGCGUAUAUCACCUGUAUAAAAAUAAAACACGACUAUAUAAAAGUUGAGUGUGAAAAAUUAAAAAAAAAAAUUGAGAAUAAUA